UCGAGUUAGUACAAUUUGCAAUCAUGGCGAAAUAUAACUUCGAAGGCGAUUACUCCAGUUUUAAUGAACGCCAACUAAAUUUCAUCAACAAAGUGGUGAAUGAACAAGAUUUGAAAGUAAAAAAAGUUGUUUUCCACCAACUUGGACAAGCUGGUGACAAUUUUAUGGGAAACGUGAAAAGGAUUAACAUAGAAGGUGAAAAUGGUAACAUGAACAUGAUAAUUAAAAUUGCACCUUCGAAUGAAGUGGCUCGACAAACGUACCAAAGUGGAUUAAUGUUUAGAAAUGAGCAUGUUGUAUAUACGAAGGUAUUGCCAAAGUUUGUGCAGCUGCAGAAAGCCGCUGGUGUACCACAAGAAGAACAAUUGAAAUUCGCGAAAUGCUACGGAUCUCUCAGUGAAGAACCCAACGAAGUAAUCAUUUUAGAAGACUUGAGUGAAUCAGGUUUUAGUAUGAUGGAUAAGUUUAAAAGUCUACCAGAUAACUAUGUAAGAAAUUUCUUAAAGAGCUUUGCAGUACUUCAUUCUCUUUCUUACGCAUUAAAAAGUCAAGAACCAGCAUUUUACAAGCAGCUCAAAGAAGAUUUGAAGGACCCAUGGUCAUCCUUCGGUGAUUUUCAAAUUCAAAUGCUUAAAGACACAAUGGAAGCUGGAUUUUUGGAAAUUAUUCAGAAUGAAGAUCAUAAAAAUUUGCUUAAGAACAAAAUCACUGAUGGCAUACUUGAGAGGAAAAAAAUGAUCGAAUCUGAGAAUGAUAGAAACCAUACUAUCAUUCAACAUGGCGAUGGAUGGACAAAUAAUAUAUUGUUCAAAUUGGAAGAUGACAAGCUACAAUCUGUCAUGCUCGACUACCAAGGAGCCAAUAACAACAAUCCUAUGAGUGAUAUUCUCUUCAUGAUCUUCCACUGCACCGACCAUGAGGCCAGGUCUAAACACUUCCACGACUGGAUUGACUACUACCACUCUGAAAUGGACAAAUUCCUCUCCUACUUCGGUCUAAAAGUCAACGAAUUCUACACAAGAGAUCAAAUUGAUGCAGACUUGAAGAAAUACGCCAAAAUCAUUCUUGGAAUUGUACUUUUAAUGAUUAAUGUUAUACAAAGGGAUAGUAGUGAAGCUGGUAAAUUGAAAGAUUCUAUGAAAAAUAUGGAAAACGAAGCUGAUAUUGCUGAUACCAUGAACUCUCUAGACCUACAAAGUGGAACUGUGGAGCGUAUAAAUAAGAAAGUUGGUGACCUUAUUGAAACUUUACAUCAAUUCGACUUGUUUUAAUAGCGUAAUUAAUAUUUUAUACUACAUAUACGGU